UUUGACGGACGGCGCAGGUGCGCAUCCUUCCGCAGGUGCGCCCACGUCGUCACUGCCCGGUUACCGCUGCCGGGAAAGAAAAGGAUUCACUCGCCUAGUAACCGUGGACGCGGUUUGGUUUUUUUUUUUUUUUAGGCGUUUGUUCGUGAAGUGCCGAGUUUCCCGGAGGGGAAAGAGGGGAAGGGGCCGUGCUCUUGGAAGUGGACGGAAAAAAAAAAAAAAAAGGUGGAGGUGAAGGCGGACAAUGGGUAAACAACAGGAGACAAACGCGAACUCCGAGUUCGGAGAACCUUCCCAGUUUGACCCGACCUUCAAUGGACCCAUAAAGAAAAGAGGGUGCACUGAUAUAAUUUGCUGUAUCCUGUUUAUGGCAGUCAUCCUCGGCUACAUAGCAGUUGGGAUUUUAGCUUGGCUCUAUGGUGAUCCUAGGCACGUUCUUUAUCCGAGAAACUCAACUGGAUGGUUCUGUGGCAUUGGACCAAAUAAAGACAGACCCAGUGUGUUCUACUUUGACAUCCUCAAAUGUGCCACAUCUGUUAAUGUUAUGGCAACUGCUCUUAAUGGUUUUCAGUGUCCAACCACACAGGUGUGCGUGGAAGACUGUCCUUCUACGUUCUGGGCCUGGAUACAGUCAUAUCAUCCAAAUGUAAAGCCAGCAGAUGUGUUCAAUCAAAGCCUCUGUGUGCCAUCUAUAGACCUGGCAAAUACUAAACUGAGUGUUAAAGAAAUUGUGGACAGGGAGCUGUGUCCUUUCUUCCACAUGCCUAUGACCUCUGUGCUGGGAAGAUGUUUGCCCGACAUCGCAGCACUGGGGAGGAUCCCUUCAGACUUUGCCAAUGUUCCAGGUUUACCCUCCUCAGUCAAUGAAACUGUCAGCCUCAUCAAGGAGGGCACUGGGGACAUAGUGAAUGGCUUCAAUGCCAGAGACAUCGGUGUCCGAAUCUUUGAGGAUUUUGCGUCGUCAUGGCCAUGGAUACUCGUUGGUCUGAUUAUAGCCAUGGUGGUCAGUAUGCUGUUCCUGUUGCUGCUGAGAUUCACUGCUCCAGUCAUGGUGUGGGUGCUCAUCAUAGGAGUCCUGGGUGCUGGGGCAUAUGGGAUAUGGCACUGCUACUGGGAGUAUGAUAACUACAAGAAAAUCUCUGCUACCAUCACCGACAUUGGUUUCACCACCGACUUCAAGGUUUACCUGCAAGUCCAGGAGACCUGGCUGGCAUUCUUGAUAAUCAUAUCUGUGGCGGAGGCGAUCAUCCUCCUGACCGUCCUCUUCCUGCGGACCAGAAUCCUCAUAGCCAUCGCCCUCAUCCAGGAGUCCAGCAAGGCAAUCAGUCGCAUGAUGUCUGCUCUGCUGUACCCUCUGGUCACCUUUGUCCUCCUGCUAGUGUGUGUUGCUUACUGGGGCGCCACUGCUCUAUAUUUGGCCACUUCAGGAGGCCCAGUCUACAGAGUGGUGGCUCUCAACUCCACGAUGAGCGACUGUAAGAGUAUCAAUGGCACCGUGAACUGUGACCCUCAGAACUUCACCUCAUCAGAUUACCCAGGAUGCCCCUCAGCCAGCUGCAUCUUUAUCAAGUACAACGACGAGGGUCUCUUCCAGAGAAACAUCUUCAAUCUGCAGAUCUACAACGUGGUGGCUUUUCUCUGGUGUGCCAACUUUGUCAUCGCCCUGGGGCAGUGUACGCUGGCUGGGGCCUUUGCCUCGUACUACUGGGCCUUCACCAAACCAGAUGAUAUCCCCUUGUUACCUGUGUGUAGCAGCUUUAUACGCUCACUCAGGUACCAUGUGGGCUCCUUGGCAUUUGGUGCUUUGAUCCUGACCCUGGUGCAGGUAGUGAGGAUCCUUCUGGAGUACAUUGACCACAAAACAAGAUCGGCGCAGAAUCCAUUUGCACGUUUCAUAUUGUGCUGCAUGAAGUGCUGCUUAUGGUGUCUGGAGAAAUUCAUCAAGUUCAUCAACAGGAACGCUUACAUCAUGAUUGCCAUUUAUGGGAAAAACUUCUGCGUCUCAGCCAAAAAUGCUUUCAAGCUGCUCAUGAGAAAUGUAAUAAGGGUCGUGGUGCUCGAUAAAGUGACAGACUUGCUGUUGUUCUUUGGGAAGCUCCUGGUGGUCGGAGGAGUGGGCGUAUUGUCCUUCUUUUUCUUCUCUGGACGAAUUCUGCUACCAGGCAGCACCUUCCGCUCUGAAACCCUCAACUACUACUGGAUGCCAAUCAUUACCGUGGUGUUUGGUAGCUACCUCAUAGCUCAUGGAUUCUUCAGUGUGUACAACAUGUGUGUCGACACACUCUUCCUCUGCUUCUUGGAGGACUUGGAGCGCAAUGAUGGAUCUCUACAGAAGCCGUACUUUAUGUCCAAAAACCUCAUGAAAAUCCUCAACAAAUCCAACAAGGCACAGAAGAAAGGUAAAGGGAGGGACUGAAGAUCCUUUUCCCUCUUUACCUCAUGAAACUACUUUAACACUGUCAGAGAUUUUCAGGAUAUCUUUGCUAUUUACUACAACUUUUAACUUGUUAACGCUCCAUCUUCUUCUAUGUUUACCAGAACUGAUUUGCUGAUUUUGCACUUUUUAAUUAUUUUUUUUAUUGUAUAUGUGUAUAUGUAGUAAUGGAGUGUACAUGAGGAAGGACUAGGCAUGUGAAUACAGUUAAUAUGUAAUUUUGUGUUGCAAGUUAUCCUACAUUACAUAUUUCUAAAUAAUUCUUGAUUUGUCUCAUUAUUUUAAACUAUUUGUUUCUGUUCAUACAGCGGGUGUUCACAGCGCUGUGGGCAUUUUAAAUUGAUUUGUCAUGCAUCAUUUAAUCCAGAUAAACAGCUUUACAGAUUUAGGCUUCCUCCUUUUAUGAAGGACUCUUAAUCUUAUUUCUUCACAAAUGAAAAAUAAUGUUCUUACGCAUUAUACAUUUUUACUUAUUUGUAAAAAGGUUGUUUUAUAAAUACAAACAUUUUUGA